AUGUCUUGUUUAUGUAAUUGCCAGGAAGCGGAAUCCGUUGUCAGUCCAAGACGAGGAGGGGGUAAUUCCAUGCGGCCUGUAUCCGCAGAUGGAUCUAGUAAUAAAGCCCACGCCCCGCCGGUGUCUGCGCGUCAGUGGGUGGAAGUGACGAUGAUGUGUUUGCAAAACAAGACGGUCCCACUCCGUCGCCUGUUAACGAUGCUGGAGGACACUGCACAGGCUUUACUAGACGAGGAUGCCUCUAAGAGAGAAAAGGCGGAAAGCCGAGCAGCAGCAGCGAUGUCUGUUCCCGGUGUUUCUGUUCUCCCUGGAGAUGAUGGUGUGAGUCUGGAGUUCAGCACACCCGAGACGACUUCUCUCGGACAGCCAGCAGCCGUGGAUGUCACUCCACGACGUUGGUUGGCCACACGGUUUUUACUCUUGGGUUCCCAACUUGGACUCAACCGUGGAUCCCCCUCAUCACUACGGAAUGCUGUACGUUUAGCGGAGUUAGCAGUCGAUACACAUUACUGUGCUACUACGACCACACAUCUUGCGUGGGCUUGUUACUGUCUUGGACGGCAUAUGCAAGAUAGCGGUAAAAACAGUAGACUUGAAAAAAUGUCGCGGGAUUUAACAUUAGAAACUUCUGAAGUGAUUUUAAAACGUUCCAUGUCUCUUCCUACAGAUGUGGUAUUAUUAACGAAACUUGUUUGGCUUAUGGCUCUUCUUGGUGAAACACAACAGGCUUUUUCAGUAGUACCACGUCUUAUUGAUGAAAACCGAGCAGAAGUAAAGGCAUUGAUAUUACUUUCACUUUUAUAUUCAAGUACAGGUGAAUAUCACAAAGCUUUGGAGGUGGCAUAUCAUAUGGAACAACUUUACCCCCAAAAUAUUGUUGGUGGUCUUCUUCUUAUAAUGCUUCGAUAUGCAUCAGGUGAAAUUAAAUAUCAAAAACAAGAAAGUGUAGAAGAACUGUUAACGGUAUUAAUUGCACGUAUACAAUCAGUAGCUCAAUAUACAUCUGGUGGAAUUAAUGUAGAUGAUUUAAUUGCUGUUCCUGAUAUUGCCACAAUGGCUGUUGCGGAUGGUGUUUGGAGUACUCGCAGUGAAGGGAGAAGUCAAGUAGCGGGACAUUGGGCUUUAUUAGCGUAUGUGGCAUUAGAAACAGGAUGUGAUACAAUUGCACAACUUGCUGUGGAAGCGGGAAUGGAAUAUAUAAGUGAAGACAAGGAAGAACACCGUCAAUCUUUUGCAGAUUUGAUCUGUUGUGACUCACGAAUAAAGAUAAAUAAAAUUGAGAAACUUGUAGAAAUGGUCCAUAUACGACCAAAAACGGCUAAUGAUAUCGAUGGAGGAGGCACAGCAGCCGCGGCGGUGACGGAGUUGCAGGAGAUGGAGGAUGAGCGUCUCAUUCAACAACAACAGGGUCUUUUAGAUCAGAGUGAAGUACUCUCACUACGGACAAUGCUUGGAAAGGCAUUAGAGGUGAGUAGUGCACAUGCCGAGGCUCAUUUACUACUAGGCCGUCUUUACUUGUUAGAAGCAUUAAAGGCAGAUCAAUCACAACAACUACAUGCCACACGAUUAGUGGAGGCGGCGCAUUACUUUGAGUCUGCCAUUCGCUGUUCAUCAACACUUACAGAAGCCUAUGAGGGUAUGGGGCGUGUGCGUGAGUCCCAAGGUGCAAUGGAGAUGAGUUUGAGUUUUCUUUCUUCUGCCGCAGAACUUGCGUACCGGCAGCCUGUGAUUCCAUUUGAAAGAUUUACGUACCUUUUAUAA